AUAUUGUGGAGAGGUAAAAAAAAUUUGUAUUAGGUAUCAAAGUCACAUUGUUUACUUUUAACUGCGCUCUCUCUCCUUCCUAAAAAAAAACUUCUCUCUCUGAUCUCGCCACUCGUUCUCUGGAAUUCAGUUGAGCAUGGCAGAUGAUCUUCCAAAAGAUAUUAUUAGAAAAAUCGCAGUUGAGCAUGUUGAUAAUCUAGAAGAUUUGGAAAGUUUAAGAUUGGUUUGCUCUUUAUGGAGAUCUGAAACGAAGGAUGUUAGUUAUAUGAACUUGAAUUUCUGUCCAUCAAAAAACACCCAACUUCCAUGGUUAAUGCUGGCUGAUUCACCCACCACUUCACACCGCCGAUUUUACAGCCUGACGAAGGGCAUGGUUCGUAAGAUCGAUCUACCUCGAUUUGACGAUGACGCCGACGACCACCGAAGGUAUUUUAGUUCAAAGGGAUGGCUGAUUGGUGUGAGUAGGAAAAAAGCUCUUAUCUCAUUUUUUGAUCCUUUUACUGGUAGUGUCAUCAAACCACCAAGUCAUCCCCUCCUUGAGUUUUCAGACGGAGAUAUAUGGUGUGAUACAGAUUAUUUUGUCCAGUUUUCAAGAUUUGCAUUCUCUACUAGGCCAAAGCCAGGUGAUGAUUUUGAGGUUGCCAUGGUGUUUCACACAGCUAAACAUAUCGCUUUUUGGAGACCUGGGCAACAACAGUGGAUUGAACCUGUUAGACGGUUUCAGAUUGAAGAUGUGUGUUUUUUUAGGGGAGAAUUUUAUACCAUUGAUGCCUACGGUCAAGUAAUAGCCUUUGGAAGCGAAAUACCAGAUAAACCAUUCAGAAUCGUUUCAAAUUUAAAAGCUCAAGGUUUUAUACCCUAUGUGGUUCAUAGGUUUUACAUAGUUGUACUAGAAAGCAAACAGAAACUAUUGUUGAUACACAGGUUAGUGCACGUUAAGUUCCGCAAGGGUAAUUUCAAGUAUUGGAAUACUCGAUCUUUUCAGCUAUUUGAGUUGGAUGUUGACACUGGCAAAGCUAAACAAGUUAAGAAUAUAGGUAAUCGGGCAUUAUUCAUUGGUCACAACUCUACCUUUUUUGUACAGGCAUCAUCGGAUAAACGUAGUUGUAGACCUAAUUGUAUUUAUUUCACCGACGACAAUUACGGAGAAUAUUGGAGUACGACCUGUGGAGGAGGAAUGGAUAUGGGCAUAUUUUGUUUGGAACAAAGAAAAGUGGUUGCUCCAGAUUAUCAAGGCCCUUCUCGAUUUAGUCAUGAAACUCCACCUAUAUGGGUAGAGCUCCCUAAUUAUCAAAUCUCCAAUACUUAGAAGUUUUUAUUAGGAAGAUGUUUUUAGUUUUACAUUCUGCUUAUUUGUAGUAUUUAAUCACACUUGGAUGUUGAUUUUCCUUUUCCUUGUUAAUGCUUAGUUGCUAUGUUUAGAAA